ACAUCUGUCAAGAUCGCCAUAUCCAGAAUAGAUGAUAUGUGCAUCGCCCAAACCCGGAUCUCACCCAUGCUGAUCCUAUCUUGACUGUACUUUUCUCGUAUCGCCAUCUUUCCUUCUCUUACACAUAGUGAUCUCGUCUUCCCGAUCAUCUUGUACUUCUGCUCAUUGCCUGCCCUGACAUCUACGAUACCACACUAUGUCUCCACGUCGUUCACUUCGGUCGCGCGUGGUCGUUAACAGAGAGUCAAGCCCGCCGCUUGCUAACCCAAGAAUCAGGUCGAGCAGGAUUACACGAGUUGUCCCAUCUUCUUCAUCGUCAUCCCCGUCGCCGCCCGUCACACUCUCUCGCGCAUCGUCGCACUCCCCGGACGCAGGCAAGAAAUCCAUUCGCCUAACAGUCAAGAUGCCGGCGAACAAGUUGCGCGAGGCUACCAACAGCUCCGCUCGUAGCGCGACUGCGAGACGCUCCCAUAAUAUAUUCAUGGACGACCCCAUCGUAUCGGGACCUCGAAACAGCAGGACCAAAAAGAAGAUGGUCGAGGUUGAUACGAGCGACGAAGAAAACCUGGAUGACGAAGAGGAAGACGAGGUCGAUGAAGAUGAGGAUGCAGAAGGGGAGGAAGAUGACGAUGUGGAUGCAGACGGCGACGUAGACAUGGACGAUGUACCUCCUCAGCCACCGGUGUCUAAGAGACAGGCCAAACCUACUGCUGCUGCCGGCCGAGGUCAGGUAAAGAGUGUCGAAGCCAAGGAAAUGGAGAACGACGAUGAUGAAGAUGAUCAAGAACUAUCAGAAUUGGAUUCCGACGCCGAAGGUGAACUGGACGAUCAGGAGAUGGGAGGUGCAGCGGAAGAUGAAGAAUUAGAAGACGAGGAAGAAGAGGAAGACGAGGAGGAGGACGAAGACGACGAGGAUAUGGAUCUGAGCAAGAUGACAAAGCGUCAACGUGGUUCUCUUGGAAAUGAUUUCUUACAGCUACCCAUGGAACCGCAAGUCAAGAAGCAUUUGACCGCUGAAGAACAUGCGAUGCGACGAGCUGAAAUGGCCCGCCGGAGAAAGAACCUCAGUGAGAAGCGGAACGAAGAAGAAAAGAUGGACACUAUCAACCGUCUUUUGAAAAAGCAAGCCCCAAAACGCCGCGGCAGAGCGGCUGCAACGGAGGCUGAAGGUACUCCCACCGUCCAGGAACCGCCAGAGCCACCUAAACCUGACCCUACAAUGAUCCGGUGGGUCAGUGGUUCUAAUGGUGUCUGCCGGGUCGCUGUACCGGAGGAAUUGUUCGGUACUCCUGCUGGUCGUCUCUUUGGAGAGGCUCCUUCUAGUAACGGACAACGGAAGCUUGUCGAGGAGGUCUAGGGGACGAAAACCAUCGGGAAAGUCCAGCAGGGUUGUGCAUAACUAUUACAGGGGCCUGGGGGAGGAUGUCAAACUAUUCGGGACAUUUAUUUAUUAUGGGCGGAGUUUUAUAGGGGAAAUCGGCAGGAAUACGGCAUGGAUCGU